CGCAGGCGCAGCAUAGCAAUCUGACGUUGGGAGCAAUGCACCUUUCGCAUUUUCUCCCUCCAGAUGGAAUAACCAUAACAGAUCGAAAAGGCAGCGGGACUGGGGGGGAAGACUGAUGUGAAAGGAGAUUUCUAGAAGGACAAGAAGAUAAACGCACUCUUGGAAAAAACAACCAAUGGAAGAGGUGAAAAUAAGCUGUUCAAAAGUCCUUGCAAUGAUCCGUUUUGCAAACGUUUAUUCGUUGUGAAAAGGGACAUUCUGGAAAUUAUGAAUCAAGGAUAGCAGUAGUCACAUUUAACAGCUGCAUGGCUGUCCAAAGCGCAAACAUGAAAGGAUGACAUGGAAAUCAGAACAGCCGACUGAAAGACUACUGCUUUCUCACGCUCAUAUAGAUGGAGAGACAGUGCUUGUGAACGAUGUAUACUGGAAGAGAGAUGAACAUUAGGUAGCGUCGGUAAAUAUCCAAGGAAACUGGAAGGAAAGUGGACAGUAAAGAAUAGCUGGUGGGGAGCUGUCAAAAGGAUGGAUUUUAGCGUACUACGGAAUCUCAUCAGUAGAUACUGUGCUGGGGAGGAGUACUGGGUGGACAGCCGGACAGUAUACAUCGGUCACAAAGAACCCCCGCUGGGGGCUGAUGCCUACAUCCCUCAGCGUUAUCCCGACAACCGCAUCGUCUCUUCCAAGUACACCUUAUGGAACUUCAUCCCCAAGAACCUGUUUGAACAGUUCAGAAGAAUCGCCAACUUCUACUUCCUGCUCAUCUUUCUGGUCCAGCUCAUCAUAGACACGCCCACCAGCCCCGUCACCAGCGGACUGCCUCUAUUCUUUGUCAUCACCGUCACUGCCAUUAAACAGGGUUAUGAAGACUGGCUGAGACACAAGGCAGACUGCAGUAUAAAUGAGUGUCCUGUGGACGUGGUGAAGGAAGGGACGGUGGUGAGGACACAGAGUCACAAGCUACGGGUGGGGGACGUUGUCAUGGCGAGGGAAGACGAGACGUUCCCCUGUGACCUCAUCCUGCUCUCAUCCAGCCGCGAUGACGGAACUUGCUACGUCACCACCACCAGCCUGGAUGGCGAGUCCAGCCACAAGACCUACUAUGCUGUACCAGACACCAUGGUCUUUAAGACAGAGCAGGAGGUGGACUCUCUACAUGCGACCAUUGAAUGUGAACAACCACAGCCUGACCUCUACAAAUUUGUGGGGCGCAUCAAUAUUUAUAAGGAAAGUGAAGAUCCCAUAGCCAGACCCCUGGGAGCUGAGAACCUUCUCCUCAGAGGAGCCACCCUGAAGAACACAGAACACAUUUAUGCUGUAGCCAUCUACACGGGCAUGGACACCAAGGUGACGCUGAACUACCAGUCCAAAUCCCAGAAACGCUCCACUGUAGAAAAGUCUAUGAAUGCAUUCCUCAUAGUGUAUCUGUGUAUCCUGAUUAGCAAAGCGGUCAUUAACACAGUUCUGAAGUACGCGUGGCAGUGGUCUGCUGACCACGACCAGCCCUGGUACAACCACAGGACCGAGAUCCACAGAGAACGCCAUGUGGUGAUCAGGGCGUUCACAGACUUCCUGGCCUUCAUGGUGUUGUUUAACUACAUCAUUCCAGUCUCCAUGUACGUUACCGUGGAGAUGCAGAAGUUCCUGGGGUCUUACUUCAUAGUCUGGGACAAGGAUAUGUACGAUGAUGAGCUGGGGGAGGGGGCUCAGGUCAACACAUCAGACCUCAAUGAAGAGCUGGGACAGGUGGAGUAUGUGUUUACUGAUAAGACGGGCACGUUGACAGAGAACAACAUGGAGUUUAUAGAGUGCUGUGUGGACGGACUCGUGUAUAUCCCCCACGCCAUCUGUAAUGGACAGAUCCUCAGUGCUGCUUCCAGUAUAGACAUGAUCGACUCCUCACCUGGAGGAGACCACAGGGUAAGACAGAGAGUCUGUCUGUCUGUCUGUCUGUCUGUCUGUCUGUCUGUCUGUCUGUCUGUGCGUGUGAAGGAGGAGGUGUGUGCCUCAGGAGCAUGUGGACAGCAUCAGUGGACAGCAUCAAGAGGGAUCCACCAGGGAAAACCCACCUCCUUCUACAUAUCAUCUUCUCCUGAUGAGGUGGCAUUGGUGGAGGGCAUGAAGAGGUUGGGGUACACAUAUCUAAGACUCAAAGACCGUCAUAUGGAGAUUCUCAAUAAGGAGGAUGAGAUUGAGAGGUUUGAGCUGCUACACGUGCUGAACUUUGACUCUGUCAGGAGGAGAAUGAGCGUCAUUGUCAAGUCUAGUGCAGGGGAAUACCUGUUGUUCUGUAAGGGGGCUGACUCCUCCAUCUUCCCCAGAGUGGUGUCAGGGAAGGUGGGGCAGGUGCGGGCGCGGGUGGAGCAGAACGCUCUGGAGGGCUUGCGGACCCUGUGUGUGGCAUACAGAAGUCUCUCCCUAGCAGAGUACGAGGAGGCGUGUCAUCAGCUGAGCGACGCCAAGCUAGCCCUGCAGGACAGGGAGCAGCGACUGGCGCAGGCUUAUGACCUCAUCGAGAGGGACUUCACCCUGCUGGGUGCCACGGCUGUGGAAGACAGGCUCCAGGAGAAGGCAGCAGACACCAUUGAGUCUCUCCAUAAGGCUGGGAUGAAGGUGUGGGUCCUGACGGGGGACAAGAUGGAGACGGCGGCUGCUACAUGUUAUGCUAGCAAGCUGUUCCGCCGCUCCACCCAAAUAUUGGAGCUGACCAAGAAACGAACCGAGGAACAGAAUCUACAUGAUGUUCUGUUUGACCUGAGCAGAACCGUACUGAGACAGCGCUCCCUGUCGCGGCUGUCUGUAGACUGUCAGGACUACGGUCUGAUCAUCGAUGGGGCCACCCUGUCUGCGGUGCUGAAGCCCAGUCCAGAGAGUUCUGGCUCUGGGAACUACAGAGAGAUCUUCCUGGAGAUCUGUAGGAACUGCAGCGCCGUUCUCUGCUGCCGCAUGGCGCCCCUACAGAAAGCACAGAUUGUGAAGCUGAUCAAGGCGUCUAAGGAGCACCCCAUCACUCUGGCCAUCGGAGACGGAGCCAACGACGUCAGCAUGAUCCUCGAGGCACAUGUGGGCAUAGGCAUCAUGGGUAAGGAGGGUCGCCAGGCAGCGAGGAACAGCGACUAUGCCAUCCCAAAGUUCAAACACCUGAAGAAGAUGCUGCUAGUUCACGGCCACAUCUACUACAUCCGCAUCGCUGAGCUGGUGCAGUACUUCUUCUAUAAGAAUGUGUGCUUCAUCUUCCCUCAGUUCCUCUAUCAGUUCUUCUGUGGAUUCUCUCAGCAGCCCCUGUACGACACAGCCUACCUGACGCUGUACAACAUCAGCUUCACCUCCCUGCCCAUCCUCCUCUACAGCCUCAUAGAGAAACACAUCAGCAUAGAGACACUGAAGAGCGACCCCACUCUGUACAGGGACGUAGCUAAGAACUCUCUCCUGCGCUGGCCCGUGUUCCUGUACUGGACAUGCCUGGGCUUAUUCGAUGCCUGUAUCUUCUUCUUUGGUGCCUACUUCCUGUUCGACAACACCACCUUCACUAGCAACGGACAGAUGUUUGGGAACUGGACUUUCGGGACUCUCGUCUUUACUGUGCUGGUGUUCACGGUCACGCUCAAGCUUGCCUUGGACACACACCACUGGACCUGGAUCAACCACUUUGUCAUCUGGGGCUCCCUGCUUUUCUAUGUCAUCUUCUCUCUGCUCUGGGGAGGCAUCAUCUGGCCUUUCCUGAACUACCAGAGAAUGUACUAUGUGUUCAUGCAGAUGUUGUCCAGCGGUCCGGCUUGGCUCAGCAUCAUCCUGCUCAUUAUGGUCAGCCUGCUGCCUGAUGUGGUCCAGAAGGUCCUCUGCAGAACACUGUGGCCCACCGCCACCCAUCUUGCACAGUGUUCCCAUCCAGGGCUCUCACCAUCCAGGGCUCUCACCAUCCAGGGCUCUCACCAUCCAGGGCUCUCACCAUUCAGGGCUCUCACCAUCCAGGGCUCUCACCAUCCAGGGCUCUCACCAUCCAGGGCUCUCACCAUUCAGGGCUCUCACCAUCCAGGGCUCUCACCAUCCAGGGCUCUCACCAUCCAGGGCUCUCACCAUCCAGGGCUCUCACCAUCCAGGGCUCUCACCAUCCAGGGCUCUCACCAUCCAGGGCUCUCACCAUUCAGGGCUCUCACCAUCCAGGGCUCUCACCAUCCAGGGCUCUCACCAUCCAGGGCUUCCAUUUCAAACAAUUCAACUCAAUUACCAGACAAUACUAUCAUUCACACUGCUAUAUAUAGUGGGGAGAACAAGUAUUUGAUACACUGCCGAUUUUGCAGGUUUUCCUACUUGCAAAGCAUGUAGAGGUCUGUCAUUUUUAUCAUACGUACACUUGAACUGUAAGAGACGGAAUCUAAAACAAAAAUACAGAAAAUCACAUUGUAUGAUUUUUAAGUAUUUAAUUUGCAUUUUAUUGUAUGACAUAAGUAUUUGAUCACCUACCAACCAGUAAGAAUUCCGGCUUUCACAGACCUGUUCGUUUUUCUUUAAGAAGCCCUCCUGUUCUCCACUCAUUACCUGUAUUAACUGCACCUAUUUAAACUCCUUACCUGUAUAAAAGACACCUGUCCACACACUCAAUCAAACAGACUCCAACCUCUCCACAAUGCCCAGGACCAGAGAGCUGUGUAAGGACAUCAGGGAUAAAAUUGUAGACCUGCACAAGGCUGGGAUGGUCUACAGGACAAUAGGCAAGCAGCUUGGUGAGAAGGCAACAACUGUUGGCACAAUCAUUAGAAAAUGGAAAAAGUUCAAGAUGACGGUCAAUCACCCUCGGUCUGGGGCUCCAUGCAAGAUCUCACCUCGUGGGGCAUCAAUGAUCAUGAGGAAGGUGAGGGAUCAGCCCAGAACUACACGGCAGGACCUGGUCAAUGACCUGAAGAGAGCUGGGACCACAGUCUCAAAGAAAACCAUUAGUAACACACUACGCCGUCAUGGAUUAAAAUCCUGCAGCGCACGCAAGGUCCCCCUGCACAAGCCAGCGCAUGUACAGGCCCGUCGGAAGUUUGCCAAUGACCAUCUGGAUGAUCCAGAGGAGGAAUGGGAGAAGGUCAUGUGGUCUGAUGAGACAAAAAUAGAGCUUGUUGGUCUAAACUCCACUCGCCGUGUUUGGAGGAAGAAGAAGGAUGAGUACAACCCCAAGAGCACCAUCCCAACCUUGAAGCAUGGAGAUGGAAACAUAAUUCUUUGGGGAAGCUUUUCUGCAAAGGGGACAGGACGACUGCAUCGUAUUGAGGGGAGGAUGGAUGGGGCCAUGUAUCGCGAGAUCUUGGCCAUCAACCUCAUUCCCUCAGUAAGAGCAUUGAACAUGGCUGGGUCUUCCAGCAUGACAACGACCCGAAACACACAGCCAGGGCAACUAAGGAGUGGCUCCGUAAGAAUAAUCUCAUGGUCCUGGAAUGGCCUAGCCAGUCUCCAGACCUGAAUCCAAAAGAACAUCUUUGGAGGGAGCUGAAAGUCCGUAUUGCCCAGCGACAGCCCCGAAACCUGAAUGAUCUGGAGAAGGUCGGUAAGGAGGAGUGGGCCAAAAUCCCUGCUGCAGUGUGUGCAAACCUGGUCAAGAACUACAGGAAACAUAUGAUCUCUGUAAUUGCAAACAAAGGUUUCUGUACCAAAUAUUAUGUUCAAACAAAGGUUUCUGUACCAAAUAUUAAGUUCUGCUUUUGUGAUGUAUCAAAUACUUAUGUAUAAUGUUAUUUUCUGGAUUUUUGUUUUAGAUUCCGUCUCUCACAGUUGAAGUGUACCUAUG